GCUUUGACGUCAGCGGCAUGUGGCAUCGUCGUCAGGGUAACGGAAAGCUGAUUCCCAUUGGUCGGGCGCGCUUAUUCGCGCUACGGAAUCGGCGACUGGAACAUGCUCGAAUCAUCGAGAAAGCGUAUUUUCGAACCAUCAGAAAUCCUUGGAGACAGCGUUUCUCUCCACGCAUGAUGAUCGAGCGCUUAUCGAUCGAUUCAGUAAUGUCAAUAAGCCACGUUGAUGAGGCGAGUUGCAUUCCAAUCAUUUAAGUCGUAUUUUUUUUUGAAGAAAUGUCGAGGCUCGUAGCUGGAAAACUGGCACUUGUUACCGGUGCUGGAAGCGGCAUCGGAAAGGAGGUAUGUCGGGUUUUGGCUCGCGAAGGCGCAAGUAUUAUCGCGGCCGAUCAGAAUAUCGAAACUUCUCAGAAAACUGUUGCCAUCUUGGAAGGUGCUGAUCAUAUUGCAUUAAAUAUUCAUGUUAAUGACCGAAACAGUGUCGAAACAGCCUUUAAAGAUAUUGUAAAACAAUUUUCAAAGCCACCCACCAUCAUUGUUAAUUCAGCAGGCAUCACGCGGGAUAACUUUUUGGUGAAACUCAGUGACAAUGAUUUUGAUGAUGUCAUUGAUGUCAAUUUAAAGGGUACUUUUUUAAUUAUGCAAACUGCAGUCAAAGCGAUGAUAGAGGCAAAUACAACCAAAGAUUCUUCAAUUAUCAAUAUAAGUUCUAUUAUUGCUAUACGUGGAAACAUUGGACAAAGUAACUAUAGUGCAUCAAAAGCUGGAGUGAUAGCUAUGACGAAGAGUGCUUCAAUGGAAUUUGGACAAUUUGGGAUCCGAGUAAACACAGUAUUGCCUGGUUUUAUAGCCACUCCUAUGACUACAACUGUACCUGACAAAGUUAAGGAAUUAUCUCUAAAAAGAAUACCAUUGCAAAGAAUGGGAAAGCCACAAGAAGUAGCAGAGGUUAUCUUGUUUUUAGCUUCUGAUAAGAGUUCUUAUAUAAAUGGAGCUUCUAUUGAAGUUACUGGAGGAAUGGCUUAAAUUUUACACACAAUUCAUAUAUACACAUAAGAUGUGCCAUAUAGAUAGACUAUUGAUCAAGUACUAUACUUUACAUAUAUAUGUAUAUAUUUUUAUAUAUAUAAAGCUUGUUUUUUAUAAUAAUCUAUUCGAUUCGCGAUAAAAUUCAAGACAGAAUUUUAUUUAUAAUUUUAUAUUUCGCAUAUUUUAAUGUAUGUGUCUCGACAUUUUGUAUAUAUAUCCAUAUUUUAUUUCAUUAAAUAUUUUCUAUAUUAUACAUGAAAUUAUCUCAAUAUUAUAAUGUAUAAAAUUUUAUAAUAUAUAAAUAUUAUAAUAUAUAAAAAAUUGUAUUUCGAAUUUUAUCGUGAAUUCAAAAAGAUCAUCUACAGUAGUCUGUAAAUAUAAGUACUCAUAUUAAUAUAUAUUUUUUAGAAAUGUUAAA